AUGGUUGCCGAGCACCUCACCCUCCGCAACAACACCUCCACGCCAAUUGUCCUGAAGCGCAUUGAGCGCUUCCAGGCAGAGGAAAAGUCAUUCGGUGCCAGCGCCUUCACCACCCUGGCUUCCAACCUGACCCAGGUCUUGACCAACCAAACCCGCAACGCAUCCGUUGCCGUCAUCAACCAUGACAGCCGUCCCUUCAACGAGAAGGACGUGGACAUCUACCUGGAGCCAUUCGAAACAAAGAAGACAGACCUCCGUUCCUUCAUUGACUCGGACAAAGAGCGCAUGCGUCUAAUCUUCGAAGUCGAAGGCCAAAGAUAUCAAAUCCAAACUCCGGUCCCAACAGAGGAAUCAGCAACCAUGAAAGCCAUAAGCGAGAACCCCAAGUUCCAGUUCACAGGCGUGUUCGUAACCCUGGAAUCACACCUAGCAAUCUUCUCCUCGGCAAACCUCAAUGCCUGGAUGCGCGAACUCCGCGACGACACCCUCACCUCAGCCCUCUCAAUCCCAGGCACACACAACUCCCCAACCUGCCACAUCGCACCACCUUCAGUACGCUGCCAGGCCGUAAGCCCGCGCGAGCAACUCGAGAACGGCGUUCGCUUCUUUGAUAUCCGCGUGCAGCCCCAAUGCCCAGAAGACCCAGGCCGCGACGAGCUCAUUCUCGUGCACAGCGUAUUCCCCAUCUCUCUAACAGGAAACAAGUACUUCCGCGAUUUGAUGCGCGAAGUGAACGAAUUCCUGGAACGUAACCCAUCCGAGACACUCAUCAUCUCCGUGAAGCGCGAAGGACCCGGCAAUGCAACCGACGAGCAGCUCUCACGCAUCUUGCACGACCACUACGCUCGUCCCGACAGUCGAUGGUGGGUGCGACCCAAGAUCCCGACGCUUGGCGAAGCACGCGGCAAGGUCAUCCUCCUGCGCCGGUUUAACCUGCCGGAGAACCUGAAGGGUGAGCAUGGUGGUAAUGGAUGGGGAAUCGAUGCGGCGGCGUGGGCAGACAACACUGCACACGCAAUGUGCCCCAGUGGCCAGCUCUGUAUUCAGGAUUUCUAUGAGGUUAUGGAGAAACCGAGUAUCGAGCAGAAGAUCAAGUAUGUCUCCGAGCAUGUUGAUCGGGCCAGUUGCUGUUGCUAUCCGUUUGGGGUUCAGCCUGAUGCGCAUGCGACACGCGCGUUCCCUUACUACAUCAAUUUCUUGAGUGCUAGUAACUUCUGGAAGACGAAUACUUGGCCUGAAAAGGUUGCUGCAAAGGUAAACCCUGCUAUUGUGGAUUAUCUCUGUCGACGGAAGAGGGAUGGGGAUAAGGAUUGCGCGACUGGUAUUCUUGUUACGGACUGGGUUGGUCUGGAUGGGAAUUGGGAUCUUGUGCGUUGCAUUGUUGGUAUGAAUGCCAAGCUGCGUUUGAGACAGCAGUAG